CCGGGAGCUCGCAGCGCCGCGGGAGCCGGGCCGGUGGACAGAUCCUCAAUCUGCAUGGCUCAAUAGAGGAUGAAGCCCAACCCAGCAGGCUCCUCCCCAGAGGCCUGCAAAGCUGCAGGCCAGGGCGAGAAGAGCUGCCCUGUCUGCCAGGCCUGGGGAGGAGUCUCAGGCCUGGGAUCUGAGUUAGGGCCUAGGCCAAUGCCUGGUGCAGUUUCAGGACCUGGCCCAGGGCCAACUACUUUUCUGGGGUUGGAGCUGGGGCCUGGUGCUGUGUCAGGACCUGGGUUGGGGCCUGGUGUGGUUCUAGAACCUGGACUGGGGCUUGGUGCAGUGUCCACACCUGGGCCAGAGCCUGGUGUGGUUCUAGAACCUGGACCAGGGCCUGUUGCUGCUUCAGGACCUGGACCAGGGCCUGGUGCUGUGUCUGGACAUAGGCCAGGGCCUGGUGCUGCUUCAGAACCUGGACUGGUACAUGGUGCUAUGUCCGGACGUAUGCCAGGGUCUGGUGUUGUUCCAAGACCUGGACCAGGGCCUGGAUCUGGGUCCAGACCUAGGCCAGGGCCUGGUGCUGUCUCAGGACCUGGGCCAGGUCUGGGGCCUGGGUCAGGAGCUGGGUCAGUACCUGGGUCCACACCUAGGCCUGGAGUUGCACCAUUACCUGGGCCAGCAGUAGAGCCUGCGCCCAGACGGGGGUCUGGAACUGGGCCCAAACCCAGUGAGCCAGAGACAGCCCCGACACCAGCACCGCAGCAGAAGACUCAGACUGCACACAUGCAGGCCCCUUGGCAGAAGGUUCUGGUGACAGGAGGAGGAGGCUACCUGGGCUUUAGUCUGGGUUCCAGCCUGGCCAAGAGUGGCACUUCUGUCAUCCUGCUUGACCUCCGCAGGCCACAGUGGGAGCUGUCCCCAGGGACCGAGUUCAUCCAGGCGGACGUCCGAGAUGAGGAAGCCUUGUAUCGUGCCUUCGAAGGGGUGGACUGUGUCUUCCAUGUGGCAUCCUAUGGAAUGUCUGGUGCUGAAAAGCUGCAAAAAGAGCAAAUUGAGUCUAUAAAUGUUGGAGGCACCAAACUAGUGAUCAAUGUUUGUGUCCGUCGACGGGUUCCAAGGCUCAUCUACACCAGCACGGUCAAUGUCGCAUUCGGCGGGAAGCCCAUAGAACAGGGUGAUGAGGACACUGUGCCAUAUUUCCCACUGGAGAAGCACAUGGACCACUACUCACGAACCAAAGCCAUCGCUGACCAGUUGACCCUUAUGGCCAAUGGAACACCUCUCCCAGGAGGAGGGACUCUGCGGACGUGUGUGCUCCGGCCCCCAGGGAUCUAUGGCCCUGAAGAGCAAAGGCACCUGCCCCGGGUGGCGAGCCACAUCAAGAAGAGGCUACUCAUGUUCCGAUUUGGGGACCGCAGGACGCAAAUGAACUGGGUGCACGUGCACAAUCUGGUGCAGGCACAUGUGCUGGCCGCUGAGGCCCUCACCGCUGCCAAGGGCUACGUGGCCAGUGGCCAGGUGUACUACAUCAAUGAUGGGGAGAGUGUCAACCUCUUCGAGUGGAUGGCCCCACUGUUUGAGAAGCUAGGGUACAGCCAGCCUUGGAUCCAGGUGCCUACUUCCUGGGUUUACCUAACAGCUGCAGUGAUGGAGUACUUGCACCUGGCCCUGAGGCCCAUCUGUAGCGUCCCACCGCUGCUCACCCGGAGCGAGGUGCGCAGCGUGGCCGUGACGCACACCUUCCAGAUCGCCAAGGCCCGCGCCCAGCUUGGCUACGCGCCAGACAAGUUCCGUUUCGCGGACGUCGUGGAACAAUACGUGCGGUCCACGAGCCAGCGGCCCUGCGGCUGCACGGCACGGGCACUCCUACGGCUGCUGCUCGGGCUGCUGCUGCUGCUCGGGCUGCUCGCCCUGGCCCUGCGCUUCCCGGGCCUGCAGCCGUCCGGCGUCUGACCUCCGCGCCGGCCGCCGCCAGUUCCCGCCUCCGCGCCACUUCUGGGCUUGGACUCGCCCCAGCUCCGCCUCCAGGCUUGCCCCGCCCUCUUCCCCGUCCCAGGGUCUUGACUCCGCCCCAUCCUGACCUUCAGGCUUGCCCCGCCCCAUUCCCCGCCCACACCCCGCCCUCUGGACUUGGGCCUGCCCCUGUCCCGACCUCCAGGACUGGGCACGCCCCGCCCCUUUCCCCACUUACACCGUCCCCCGCGCUCUGGGCUUGGCCUCGUCCCUGGUCUUGACUCCGCCCCUGUCCUGGCCUCCCGGCUCGCCCCGCCCACACUCCCGCCCCGGGUCUUGACUCCGCCCCUGGCCUAGGCUUGGGCACGCCCCCUGCCCCGCCUCCGGGCCCGGCGCCCACGCCCCGCCCACACUCCCGCCCCCGGUCUUGACUCCGCCCCUGUCCUGGCCUCCCGGCUCGCCCCGCCCACACUCCCGCCCCGGGUCUUGACUCCGCCCCUGGCCUAGGCUUGGGCACGCCCUGCUCCACCUCCGGGCUCGGCCCGGCGCCUUGCACCGCCCACAUUCCACCCUCUGGGCUUGGACCCGCCCCCAGGUCUUGACUCCGCCCCUGUCCUGGCCUCCGGGCUCGCCCCGCCCACACUCCCGCCCCCGGUCUUGACUCCGCCCCUGGCCUGGGCUUGGGCACGCCCCCUGCCCCGCCUCCGGGCCCGGCGCCCACGCCCCGCCCACCCCACGCCCUGCCCUCUGGGUUUGGACCCGCCCCGGGCCCUGACUCCGCCCCUGCCCUGCCUUCGGGGCUUGGGCACGCCUCUGCUCUGCCUCUUGAGCCCCGGCCCCGCCUUCUGGGUCUUGUCCAGGCCGCGUUACUGAGGAGGCAGCCGCACAGCCUCACCUGCCUUUCUGGCCUUCUCCCACCCAGAGAGGUCUCUGCCCCGGAUUCUCCCCUGCCCUGGUUCCGCCCUCUUUCUGGCUCUGCGGGUAUGACUGCGCCCUCCACUUCGUUUUUCUGUCCGGGAUUGGCCCUACUCUUCCCUCUGGAUCUGGUCCCUACCCUCUCCUACCUGAAAUUCGGCAAUAACCACGCCCCCUCCCUUUCUGACUCCACCCCCCUCCAGCCACGCCUCCUGGGUGAGUUCUUGGGGCUUGGCCAGGGUCAUCACUAGCCGGUUAAGUGCCGGCCUGCUGGCGUUUGCAGUUUUCCCGGUUUCCUGCGGCCUCUCUAGGGACACUGAACCCUCCUCGCUGGUCAAGCUCCUCUGUGCUUGUCCAGAAAUCAUCUUGAGAUCUUGGAAUAGGUUCAUCUAGGAGAAUUUUGACCUGCAAUCAAAAUAUUUUGGGGUCACUCAGUCAUGCACAUCUCCCUGUGUGUUGAUAGCCGGGGUUGGAGGGACAUCUGAGACCCAGGCUUCUGCCCAACACAAUCUGGCCUUUUGGGUUUCCGGUUUACUAGUCUGGGGCUGACUUAGUAAGCACAGGUUUCUGUACCAGCAAGGAUCUAAACCAAAACAAAAUGUUUUAAGGUGGUCAAAAGGUGUAAACUUCCAGUUAUAAAUAAGUCACGGUGAUGUAAUGACUAUGACUAAUAAUACUAUAUUAUAUAUGUGAAAGUUGCUAAGAGAAUAGAUCCUUUAAAUUCUUGUUAUAAGAAAAAAAAUUGUAGCUAUAUGUCUCGAUGGAUGUUAACUAGACGUUGUGAUCAUUUCAUAAUAUAUACAUAAAUCUGGGAUCCCUGGGUGGCGCAGCGGUUUGGGGCCUGCCUUUGGCCCAGGGCGCGAUCCUGGAGACCCGGGAUCGAAUCCCAUGUCGGGCUCCUGGUGCAUGGAGCCUGCUUCUCCCUCUGCCUAUG